UAAGAGAAUAAUUUGUAUUUCUCUCUUAUUAUCUUUGUGUAUCUUUUGAACUUAUUCUAAUUUCCCAGGAUUAUCUCCUAAUCUCAGGGAUCAAGAUUUCAAAAAGAAGUGAACCGUUAACCUUCAUCAUCUUCCUUCCUGCGAGUACGACAAUGGCGGAUAACGGCGGCGGCGGCGGCGACUUCUCCCUGAAAGAGACAUCCCCCGACAUCGGCGCCGGAAGAGCCAUCUCCGGCGAGAGGCUGACGUCAUCCUUUGACCUGGUCGAGCGCAUGCAAUUCCUCUACGUACGCAUCGUCAGAGCCCGUGGCUUACCCACCUGUGACUCAUUCGUCGAAGUCAGCAUCGGAGCCUACAAAGGAAGAACAAAACAGAGCUCUAACCAGAGCCCUAACCCUGAUUUCCACGAGGCCUUCGCCUUCACAAACGAUCGCCUUCAAGGGAAUAUCUUAGAAGUCGCUGUCCGAAAGAACGACGAGAUUCUCGGCAAGUGUAAGUUCGAUGUUGCAGAGGUUCCGACCCGUGUUCCUCCCGACAGUCCAUUGGCUCCGCAGUGGUACAAACUGGAAGACAGAGACGGGAACAAGAUCCAUGGCGAGAUCAUGUUGUCUGUCUGGAUCGGAACUCAGGCCGACGAGGUUUUUCCCGAAGCUUGGCAUUCGGAUUCCGCAACAAUCACAGGCGAAAACGUUGUGAACACUCGUUCGAAAGUGUAUCUAUCUCCAAGGCUUUGGUACUUACGGGUGAACAUCAUCGAAGCUCAAGAUCUUGUUCCCCUUCAUCGGAACAGGACAAAUCCAGAGUUGUUCAUAAAAGGGUUUCUCGGAAACGUCCUUCUCAGGAGCCGAUUCUCACAGGUCAGAAGCCUGAAUCCCAUCUGGAACGAGGAUAUGAUGUUCGUGGCGGUUGAGCCAUUCGAGGAGACGCUAGUCCUCAGUGUGGAAGACAAGGUAGGGAACAGAGAAGAGUGCUUAGGGAAAUGCGAGAUAAGGUUAUCGCAGGUCGAGAGGAGGGUAUUUCCAGGUCCUGUAAUGGCGUCAUGGUACAACAUCGAGCACAUAGAGACCGAUCAAACCAGGAGAUUCGCUGGUAGGAUUCAUCUUAGAGUUUCUUUAGAUGGAGGGUACCAUGUUCUUGAUGAAUCUAUUCAGUAUAGCAGUGAUUACAGAGCUUCAGCCAAGCUGUUAUGGACACCAGUCAUUGGUGUGUUGGAGCUUGGGAUCCUCAGUGCCUCUGGUUUGAUGCCGAUGAAAUCACGGGAUGGGCGUGGAAUCACAGACGCAUAUUGUGUCGCCAAAUACGGGCAGAAGUGGGUGAGGACGAGGACGAUCGUCGACAGUUUCUCCCCAAAAUGGAAUGAGCAGUACACAUGGGAGGUAUACGAUCCUUACACUGUCAUAACCAUAGGAGUCUUUGAUAAUCUCCACCUGUUACCUGCGAAUAACUGUGGCUCUAUGAGAGAUUCGAGAAUCGGGAAGAUCAGGAUGCGUCUCUCGACGCUCGAAACGUCGAGGGUAUACACACAUUCUUACCCGCUCGUGGUUCUGAAACCAGAUGGAGUGAAGAAGAUGGGAGAGAUCCAACUCGCUGUGAGAUUCACCUGCGGAUCGAUGAUCGAUAUGCUUCAGAAAUACGCCGAACCAUUAUUACCUCAGAUGCAUUACACAAAUCCUCUGUCUAUCUACCAACUGGACAGCCUCAGGAGCCAAGCGACUCACAUUCUCUGCAUAAGGCUAGGCAGGAACGAACCGCCCAUCGGGAAAGAAGUUGUCGAGUACAUGCUCGAUGUCGGAUCGAACAUGUGGAGUUCCAGAAGGGGAAGAGCGAAUUUCGAGCGCCUUCUUUCCUUCUUCAACGCCUUGAUCUAUGCCUGGAACUGGUUUGACGGGAUCUGCAAAUGGAACAGUCCUACGAAAACUCUGCUUACCCAUUUCGCAUUCUUGAUCAUAUCUUUCCUCCCGAAUAAAUUCAUCGCCGCUGUGCUCUUGUACUGCGUCGUGAACGGGCUGUACAGAUACCGCUUGAGACCAAGACACCCUCCCCACAUGGAUAUAAGGUUGUCCAGAGCCGAUUCUGCAUUACCCGAUGAGCUGGACGAGGAGUUCGACACUUUCCCCAGCUCGAAAUCCGGGGAUGUGUUGAAGAAGAGGUAUGAUAGGUUAAGAGGGAUUGCAGGGAAGACCAUGAUGGUGUUAGGAGACUUAGCUACGCAAGGCGAGAGAGUUGGAAACUUGUUGACUUGGAGAGAUCCAAGGGCAACAGUUCUGUUCUUGGUGUUCUGUACUGUCCUUUGUGGAGUUAUCUUCACUGUGCCUAUGAACUUGCUGAUCACGUCGAUCGGGUUUUACGCUAUGAGGCAUCCGAGGCUUCGGAUCAUCGAUAUUCCUUCGAUGCCUCAGAACUUCUUCAGGAGGCUGCCUUCAAGAGCUGAAAGCAUGUUGUGAUGAAACCAUGCUUGCCUUUUUUUUUUUUUUUUCCUUGUUUUUGUUCUCUUUCAGGUUUCUGUUUUUUUUUUUUUGUUCUCUUUGUUGGGGUCUUUGAGAUGUUUGGUAGAACACUGGAUGAACAAAAAUCAACGUGUUGUAUUCAUCAUUUUCAUUUACGAGGGUCGGUCAUGAAAAUGGGUCAUUCCCUCACACAACAGUGGUUUUGUUUUUUUAACACCC